CAACAAUAGAAAGAGAGAGAGAGAGCAAGCGGUGCAAAAGUUUAUUCCGAUUUAUUCCGAUUUUUGUCAAAGCUUCGCGUGUGUUCAUUCGGCUCCGUGCAUUUGGAUUUGUGUUUUUUAUAGACAAACAUUCCCUCUCGUCGGCCCGUGUCCACGCGAGUGUGUGCCCGCAAAAACACAAAAACAGAAAUAACAAUAAUUGUGAAAAAAAAGACAGCGGCGGCGGCCAAGUGUGCUUGGAAUUUGCAUAAUUUCGGGUCUUUCUUUCGUUCUGUGCUCGGAAUUGUAUAAUAGUGGAGAGAGGAGAGCGAGAGGCAGGAGGACGGCCAGACGAGGCAUCUAGUCCUACCCUCCCCACCCCACACAAAUGGCAAACGCAGCCACGCGCUGCCAGCGUCGCUCUCUGCAUCGUAGUCGUCGUGGGAUUCGGGGAUGCAGCAGCAGCAGCACCAGCAACCACAGAUCUGCAGCAGUAGCAGCAGCUGACGCCUGAAUCUGAUUCUGAAUCUGAGUACCACCCGAGGAGAACCUUGCACCGUGCCGCAUAAUGCCAAGUGCCUAUUACGCGCCACUCGACCAGCCACUAACAUCGACCGACGACGACGACGAGGAGGCGGACAUCGAGAGGCAUCAACAGCAACAUCAGCGGCGCCCCAAGGGUGCCGCCGCACCCUCUAUACCGUUCCUAGAAGCCCAUCACCAUUCACCCAUGGCCCACCUGCGCGUUGCCAGUGGUGUCGUUGGUGGCAGGCGACGCUGCUUGCUGCCCCUCGUGCUCGCCCUGCUCUUCCUCAUCGCCUUUUGCUACUUCACCUUUGGCGCGGACACGCGACUCGCCCUGGGACUGGGCGGUGGCGGAGGCGGCUCCGAUGACUCCGAUGAUGGCAUGCACAGCCUAGGUAAGCAAUCCCAAUCCCGUGGCCUCUCCCGCUUCCGCGUGAUAGCCAGCCAACGCAAGACAAUGCCCAUGGGCGAUGCUCAAGAUCUCCAAAUCGAAAUGACAAGAAAUCGAAAAGAUUCAAGAAUUCGUAAUCCAUAUAGAAAAUAUGGCAUCCUCUCUCGUGCUCUCAAUGAGACGCUUCAUCUCUGCAGCGAGGGUCUCUUUGAUCAGCGGCUGUACGUGCAGGAUAAACCGAUGGAAGAGUAUGGAAAUCUGCCCAUCAUUUAUUUUGUGACGCCCACGUAUCCGCGCAGGGAGCAGAUACCGGAACUGACGCGCCUCGCCCACACGCUGCUGCAUGUGCCACGCCUCCAUUGGCUGGUGGCCAACGAUCAGGAGGGAUGCAAUGUCUUUAUGGAUCUGAUGCUCAAAGGAUUCGGCAUUCCCUACACUCAUCUGGCUAGUCCCAUGCCCAGCAAUUUCCGCAAGGCAAAGCCUGCCCCAAGGGGCGUGGCCAAUCGCAGGGCUGCUCUGCAGUGGCUGCGGCAGCGGAACCUCACCAACGGCAUCCUCUACUUCGGGGACGAUGACAACACCUACGACCUGAGGCUCUUCUCCGAGAUCCGUCAGACGCAGCGGGUGUCCAUGUUCCCUGUGGGCUUCAUCGCGGAUUAUGGCGUCAGUGGUCCAGUGGUGCGAAAGGGCAAGGUUGUGGCCUUCCUCGACUCGUGGCUCGCGGGCAGACGCUGGCCCGUGGACAUGGCCGGUUUCGCGGUGAAUCUCCAGUACAUGGCACAAUUCCCAAACGUGAAUAUGCCGUACAAGCCGGGCUUCGAGGAGGAUCGCUUCUUGCGUAGCAUCGGCCUGAGGCUCGACCAGAUCGAGCCGCGUGGCAACAACUGCACGGAGAUUCUCGUGUGGCACACACAAACGAAGAGCAAGAAGGCGGCGGUGGUGCGGCUGGAGAGCGAGUAUCUCGACGGACGCUCCAAUCUGGGUGCACUCUUUCGCUCACUGAAGAUCAUGGGCGUGGCAAGUGCCUCGGACACGGAGGGUCCCAAGGCGCUGAUCAGCAAGAAUGGCAAGGCUGCGGCUCACUCGACAAUAUUGAGCUGAAGAUCUACUCCCCAUAUCCCAACAUCAUUGCUGGAUUAAUACUCAUCAUUCGGAAACGAUUCCCCAACUGAAUGAAGCUCGUGCUGGCUGCUGCCCAUCUGUUCUCUCUUGAUCUUUUGUUGCUGAUUGUCCCCCUGAUUGUUAAUUAGUUUUGUAGAUACUCUCUAUCCCCUCUCCUCUCUUCUCUCGUGAUAAUCAAAUAGGAAAGACAGACAAACAGACAGGCUGGAUCCGUUCCGUCUCUCGUUACUUUCUUUUUUCGCAAAGACAAUGUUUAGAAAUCACUUAAAUUAGUCGCAUUUUGGAGCAUGUUUUAGCGUUUUAGUUAGUGGCUGCUUGUAGGUUGUAAAGAUGUGCCACACAUAUCAUAGGGAGGAGAGCGCUCUCCGAUCGAAUCACAGUUCCCAUCACAUAUUGUGUGGGGUAUGGAAAGCCUUUAGGUUAACGAAAAUGUCAGAUCUACGUCAUUAAAUAAUUUAAUAUAAUAUAAUAUGUAGAUGUAUGUACGUGUAUAGGUAUAAGCGUACCCCUCGUGACAGAGUGGGCAAACGGCAGACCCAAGAAUACAAUAAUAAAUGCUACGUUUUUGAAAGCUUA